AUGAACAUAAAAAAUUGGUGGAUAUUAGCUUCAGUGUUGCUGGUUUCAGCAAACGCGGGCCGCUAUGACCUAGGUCCUCAACAUUUUUACGAACAUUCCCCGCCUCCUCCACAGAUUGUGCCAAAUUAUGAAACAAAGGAUGUUGUUUUAUAUUUAACACCUAGACAAGUUCAGGCACUCGAAGCGGGUGGAGCUAUAGUAAGACCACAAGAAAACGAUUCUGAACAAUUAUAUCCAGCCGAAACUGGACAAGAAGUUCAGGAACAAGAAGAAGAAUCUGAGCAAAGCCAUGAUAAAGAAACAGAAGAAAAUUUAGGUGACCAGAAGCUAACAGACGUUACAGAGCUUGAAGAAAUUUUCAGAAUCCUAAAUAAACAAAUUGAAGAAGAUGCUAGAAGAAUUCAUGGGGACAGUUACAGUGGACAAAUAUCACAAACAGAGAACGGAGAAGAAUUAGAAGAGGAAGAUGAAAAAGUGGAACCAGAGGAAGAAAAACAAACAGGAGAGCAGGAUGAAGUCUAUCAAGAAGAAAAACAAAUUGGUAACGUUCGGAAGAUCCCUUCAAGAUUUGGAGUUCUUCAAAGAUAUCGCUUGGAAAAAUAUUUUACACCGUCAGUUUCAAACAUAAAAAACCAGCAACAGAAUGAUGAUGAUAUACGCUCCCUGACCUCCGAUAGAAAGUCGAACCGUUUCCCAGAAGUAGAUAAAAAAUCUGAAAAUCACGAAAACGGCAUUAAGAAUAAUAAAAAUAGGUUGCAAGAUAAGUAUAAAGUAAUUCCUGUUGAAGAGGAAUCUCAAGAAGAAAAUAAGCAAAAGCUAAACGUAGACCUUGGACAGGAGCAAUUAAUUAAGUUACUUAGUUCCGUAUUAGAAAAUAAUAAGGUCGUGCAGUCUAUCGCACAGCAUAGAGAACAGUUGGUUCAAAAAGAAUUACAAUUACAUAAAGGACUUCAGGAGCUAAAGGCGGCGCCUAAACAUCACCAACGAAAAUAUGAAACUGAAAUCGAAAGGCUGAGAGCAAAUUUAGAAGCACAAAAUGCACUUGAGACGGCUGAAGCUUUAGCUAGGUCACGCCGCAUCUCCCCUAAAGGAGGAUUCAAUAAAAAUAAUUUCGAAUUGGAUAAUGGCAACCGUGAAAGUUUACCAUCACCACUAAGGAGUUUUGAAUUAAGGGGUUCGCAACAAUUAGUACCAUAUAAGAUAUUGACACCUAUUUCAGGCCCGGUAGUCAAAAGCUCUAGAACUGUUCCAGUGAAAAUAAAUAAACAAAUUCCUGUUAGCAGUAAUCCCAAAGAGUUAAAAAUUAUUCGCCAUUUACGAUAG